UAAAUCAAAAUGGCAUUGUGUUGGUGUCUGGGCUGGGAGACUGCACAAGGAAUUCUCUUUACAGCGAUUGGGUUCUGCAUUCGGGACAGUCCCUGACCUCUAUAUCUCUCUGAUCGGAGACACUGGAGAACUGGAUGCGCGAUCUUCAGUCGCAAAGAGCGAAAGCAACAGAGGAGGGCAGAGUGGGGCAUGGCCCUGUGAUGGAGAGCGGUAUGCAGCUGCUGAACCGUGACGGGCACAGCAUCUCGCACAACUCCAAGCGGCACUACCACGAUGCCUUCGUCUCCAUGAACCGCAUGAGGCAGCGCGGACUGCUGUGCGACAUCGUGCUGCACGUGGGUAACAAGGAAAUCAAGGGCCACAAACUGGUGCUAGCCUCCUGCAGCCCUUACUUCCACGCCAUGUUUACCAAUGAGAUGAGUGAGAGCCGUCAAACACAUGUGACGUUGCAUGAUGUCGACGCUCAAGCCUUAGAGCAGCUCAUACAAUAUGCCUACACGGCCGAGAUUGUAGUCGGAGAAGGAAACGUGCAGACGCUGCUUCCUGCCGCAAGCCUCCUGCAGCUGAAUGGGGUCCGGGACGCCUGCUGCAAAUUCCUCCUGAGCCAGCUCGACCCGUCCAACUGCUUGGGAAUCCGGGGAUUCGCCGACACACAUUCCUGCAGCGAGCUGCUGAAGUCCGCGCACAAGUACGUGCUCCAGCACUUUGUGGAGGUUUCCAAGACCGAGGAGUUCAUGUUGCUGCCACUUAAACAGGUGCUCGAUCUUAUCUCCAGUGACAACCUUAACGUCCCAUCAGAAGAAGAGGUCUACAGGGCGGUGCUGAGUUGGGUCAAGCACGAUGUGGACAGCAGGCGCCAGCACGUUCCUCGAUUGAUGAAAUGCGUGCGCCUGCCGCUUUUGACCCGGGAUUUUCUGAUGAGCAAUGUGGACACGGAGCUGCUGGUCAGACACCACUCGGAGUGCAAGGACCUCCUCAUCGAGGCCCUCAAGUACCACCUCAUGCCCGAGCAGCGGGGUGUGCUGAGCAACGGCAGGACCAGGCCCCGGCACUGCGAAGGGGCCAGCCCCGUGCUCUUUGCUGUGGGUGGUGGCAGCCUGUUUGCCAUCCAUGGAGACUGCGAAGCCUAUGACACGAGGACGGACCGAUGGCACAUGGUGGCCUCCAUGUCCACAAGGCGAGCGCGGGUUGGCGUGGCAGCGAUUGGGAACGGACUCUACGCAGUGGGGGGGUACGAUGGGACUUCCGACCUGUCCACCGUCGAGUCCUACGAUCCGGUCACCAAUUCGUGGCAGCCGGAGGUCGCCAUGGGAACGAGACGGAGCUGCCUUGGCGUGGCGGUACUGCAUGGUUUGCUCUAUGCAGUGGGUGGAUAUGAUGGUGCAUCAUGUUUAAACAGUGCGGAGAGGUUCGACCCACUGACAGGAACCUGGUCGUCCAUUGCUGCCAUGAACACAAGGAGGCGCUAUGUCAGGAUUGCAACAUUAGAUGGAAACCUCUACGCUGUUGGUGGAUAUGACAGCUCCUCGCACUUAGCCACGGUGGAAAAAUACGACCCUCAGACCAACACCUGGAGCACCAUCGCCAACAUGCUGAGUCGACGGAGUAGUGCAGGGGUGGCUGUGCUGGAGGGGAUGCUGUAUGUCGCCGGGGGCAACGAUGGCACCAGCUGCCUUAACUCCGUGGAGAGAUACAACACAAAGACCAACACCUGGGAGAGCGUGGCGCCCAUGAACAUCAGGCGGAGCACGCAUGACCUGGUGGCGAUGGACGGGUGGCUCUACGCGGUUGGCGGGAACGACGGGAGCUCCAGCCUUAACUCUAUCGAGAAGUACAACCCUCGCACCAACAAGUGGGUGGCAGCUUCCUGCAUGUUCACCCGGCGCAGCAGUGUGGGAGUGGCCGUGCUGGAACUGCUCAACUUCCCCCCUCCCUCCUCUCCCACUCUCUCAGUCUCUUCCACCAGCCUCUAACGCUGGAGACAACAACCAGCCAUUACCUCAGUAUCAACACACACACAUACACACACACGUGCGCAUGUACAUGCACACAUACGUACACAGGCACACACACAUGCACACAUGCACACACAUUC